AUGAAGGGGGAAUCUGCUCCAGACUUGAAUUGUUGCCACAAGGCUAAGGCUCUGAGGAGUACAGGGGGAUUCCUGUCCUGCAGCCUGGACUUCCAGCUCUGCCAAGGCGACCAGGUCUUCUCAGCUUGGACGCCACUCUCCGACACAGUGGACGCCCGUGGCUCAUCCUGUCCCAGCUGGCUGCACCCCUUGCCCCUGGCACCAGCCAGGUCUGCCUCGCUGACCUGUCCCCAGGGCCUCGGCCUAUAUCUGCGCACCCUGCAGCCGACACCCCUGAGCACAGCCCCGCGGAGUCUCAGAUGCGAUGUCUUGAGCACAAAGCACCAGCCACCAGGGCUGCAGGCCGGCUCCACUGAUGAGAAACUCACGGCCAAGUACCCUGCGAGCAGGGACAAGAGGGGAAGCCAUCAGGAAAGAGCCGGCGAGGGGGCCCUCUGCCCAUCGUUCUCUCCUCACAGCGGCUCUUCCCCAACCCCCUGCUCCUGCCCGCUGCCCACUCCCAUCUCCAAAGAACUCCCAUUCUGCCUCCACUCCUUCUAUCCUGAGUAUCCACUUCUGCCUCCACCUCACCUGUUCACCUAUGGGGCCCUACCUUCUGUCCAAUAUCCCCUCCUCUUCAUGCUGCCCCCAGACCCUUCCUACCCCAACAAGGCUAUGCCCAGCUUGCUGAUGAGUGUCAAUGAACCUGGGCACCCUACUGCUCAGAGAGAGACACUGUAUCCUUACCCAGCUGCCCCUCAAGCCUCUGGCCAAAGCCAACCUUCCCAGGCCCGGAGUCAAGGUCCUGGAGCUGCCAGGACCCACUCCCCAGGGCCAAAGAGCACGGGCAGGGCGGCUCCAGCAAGGCGGGCGCCCACGGGCUCCCGGCCAGGCACCACAGCUCUGCCUUACCCACUGAAGAAAGAGAACGGCAAGAUCCUGUACGAGUGCAACGUGUGCAGCAAGAGCUUCGGACAGCUCUCCAACCUCAAGGUCCAUCUGCGUGUGCACAGUGGGGAGCGCCCAUUCCAGUGUGGCCGGUGCCAGAAGAGCUUCACCCAGCUCGCCCACCUGCAGAAGCACCACUUAGUGCAUACUGGGGAGCGGCCCCAUGAAUGCCUGACGUGCCACAGACGCUUCGGCAACUCCAGCAACCUCAACACCCACCUGCGCCUGCACUCGGGGGCCCGGCCCUUCUGGUGCAGUGUCUGUCCCCGGUGCUUCGCCCAGCGUGUUCACCUGAAGCUGCACGACCACCUGCGGCCUUGUGGCCUAGCUCACAGCCACCUGCCCCUGGCGUCUCUUGCCUGCCUUGCCCGAUGGCACCAGGAAGCCCUAGAUCUUGCGGCGCUGCCAUCAGAGAGGCAGACGGGCUGGGGUUUGGAAAAGGUCAAGGUGUCCUUGGCAUCUGGGGGAAAGUAUGGGCAGCCAGCCUGA